GAGUGCCAUUGGGCUGCCGUCUGGAAGUGCGGCCACCGAUUCAUUAGAGCCCACAAAUUCUUGGACCUCAUCGGAAACGUGGACUCCUUUGAACCGAAAUGUGCCCUCAGAUCCGCAUUCUUCGUGUGUCUGAAGUCGACAUCGAAAGGCAAGUCGUGUCACAAACACAAGUCGUCGCCGAGAAGUCAGACGAAAAAGUUCCGCAAACGACUGGCCGACACUCUGUGGUCGACGCGAACGUGUCUUCUCGGCAACAAAAACAGCGUUAUCUCCUACUGAACCGCCAAAUGGACAGCCAUUACUGUCGCCCCUCUCUCUCUUCACUAUACCAUAUGCCAUAUCAUAAGAUAUUUCCUAUACAUUCCGUAUGCCAUUCCAUAACCUGUAACGCCUGACUACACCCCCAGUGGAGGCCUUUAAAAAGGGGGUUUCGAUAGUAUUAUAUGUACCGAUGGUUACAUUAAACACUAUAAUACAUGUGCCAAAGAGUUACACAUAAGCCUUAAAUGUUGUCCCACGUUAUACCAUAUGUAUUUAAUUACAGG